AUGGGAAAGGGGGCAGACGAACAGACGGAUCACCUGAUGAAUAAAGCACAUCGUGGAUUCGCGAAAGCGGUUUUUGUGACUGGACAGCCUCUAAGUUUGCUUGAGCACCCGCUAUGGGUUGAAGCUUUGCAGAAUUUGAAGCCUGAUUAUAAGCCACCAACGAGACGCAUAUUAGCAUCGUCAUUAUUGACCUUAGAAUUUGAAGAAACAAAGUUAGAAAUAAUGGAGAGAAUUAAUUCUGCUACAGUUCUUCACUUGGCUAUUGAUGGUUGGUCGAAUCUAAGAAAUGAUUCAAUAAUGAACAUAAUCAUAUAUACUCCAAAACCUUUCUUUUAUAAGUUCAUUGACACUAAAACCAACAGACAUACAGCAGAAUAUGUUUGUGACAAAGUAUCGGAAGUACUUGAGGAAAUUGGGUCACAUAAAUUUUUUGUAAUAAUUUCUGAUAACGCUACAAAUAUGGUUAAAUGUGGAAGACUUUUGAACGAAAAGUAUGCAAAUGUCACCUGGAUUGGAUGUCUGGCACACACAUUAAAUUUAUUAAUAGGAGACGUGAUAAAAGUCAAUGUGGUGUUAGCAAUAUUUCACUAUGUCGUUGAAGUUGUCAAAAAAAUUUCAAAAUCACAUAUUUUAAAAUCAGAAUUCAAAAGACUCUCUGAGGAUAAAUCUAUAAAUGUAGCGCUCGUAUUACCAGUCAAAACUAGAUGGGGAAGUUAUUUACAUUGUUUGGAAAACUUUUUAAAAGCUAAAGUUAUACUUCAGACUAUGGUGAUCAGUGACAUUCGAGAAUUGGAUACCUAUAAGGAAAAUAUCUUAAAUGAAGCAAAAUGGGCUGCGAUUGAAAAUCAUAUCAGAUUUUUUACGCCAAUUGUGCAUUGGAUCUCUAAGCUUGAGGGAGAUUACUGUACGAUACAUUUAGUCUAUGGAGCGUUAUUAGAUAUCGAAGAGCUUUUAAAUAGCAGAAACGCAAUGGAUGUCUUAGAAGAUAAUUUACCACAACUCCGAGGCAAGUUUCUUGAACGAAAACAGAAUGCUUUGAAUAAUUUGCAUUUUGCAGCUGUUAUAUUAGAUCCAAAAUAUCGUGGUUCCAAUCUUAGCGGAGAAGAUUAUUUAGAAGGCUGUAAUGCUAUUAUGAAUUUGGCCACUACUAACGAUGAAUCUAUUAAUGUGCUACAGGAACUAUCAGAAUAUAAAUGUCGAAAUAGGCUAUAUGGAAAAAAUAUUAUUUGGCAAGCUGCCAAUACAAUCGAUCCAAAAGACUGGUGGAUGACUUUUUUUGAAAAGACAUUAUUAGGUCAAAUAGCAAUUAAAAUUUUAACAGUACCUGCUACGUCAGCCUCGGUUGAGAGGUCAUUUUCCACAUUCUCGCAUAUUCAUUCUCGUAAAAGAAACAAACUUACAACAGAAAGAGCAGGAAAAAUCUGCUAUAUAUCUCAUAACUGGAAGCUCAUGAAUGAGAACGCUACUAGAUACUCUGUCGAAAAAGCUGACUCUAGCGUAAAUUCACAACACGAAACAAGUAAUAGCAUCAAUUUAGAAAUAAGUGAUUCUGAUGAUGACUUCGAUUUAGAACCAGUGGAUUUUAGAUCGGUUACAGAAAUCAUUGAAGAGGAUAACCAUUCCGAUAGAUUUACAGCCAAUGAUGAUGAUGAUCCACUUAAUUUAGAGUAGUAAUUUAGACUAGUAUUAAAGUUAUUAAUGUUGUAUGAUUUCAUAAAUGUAUAUCUAAUUAUAUUCUUGCAACAUCGCACAUUGAAAUUAUAGCCUAUGUCACCCACAUAUGGUGUAGCUUCUCGUAGGAGAAAUUUUUUUUUAUGCUUGAAUCAAUAAUUCCAAAGAAACCCUCCCCCCCCCCCCCAGCCCCUACAAACAAAAUUUGAAACUUUACCUCUUUAUAAUAUUAGUAUCCUACUAUAUAUUAAUUAUGCAUAAAAAACAUUAAUAAAACGUUGUUCUGUUUAUUUUAAUUUUAUAAUUUGUUAACGCUAUUUUAUUUAUUAUUUUUAUACGUUGAUUAUGAAAAAUAAAUCAUUUUCUUUUAAGCUAUUUUAAUUCCAUAUCUACCUUAAUCGUAAAAUAUUCCACACUAAACAGAUACCUUAAACGAUGUUUCUUGGGAACCUUGCCGGCAAUAAACUGGAAAUAUUACUGGGAAUUUUGCCGGGAACAUUGCCAGUGACCUGGAAAUAUUCGUUAUUAUGAUAUAAAGUUGACAAUUUUCGUAACCAGUACACAGGUAACCAUAAAGUAAUUCAAAUUCAAAUGAAAUAUUUUGAAAAUUCGGAAAAUUUAACCAAUAAUCCCAGUAAAUUCCCACUUUGGGAGCGUUGCCGGCAAUGUUUCCAACAAAAUUUCCAGUCCUUGGGAGUGUGCCCGGGCACGGUACAUCACUAGUCAUAAUACCAUAUGACAACACUGUUCAGUUCACUUCACUGAUAUUUUCAUUCAAAAGAUUUUGUUGGGAAUGUCAAAACGGUGUCAAUGGACCGGGUUCCUCCGGAUCCUCCGGAUCCUCCUGAUGGAGAGUUGGAGUUGACUCAAUCUCCGAUGGAGCUAUCACCACCAAUAUUUAGCCAAUCCGGCACAAAAACGACGUAUUGA